UAAAUAGCUUGCCCUCUAAUGGCUUUUGCUUUGGAAACAGCACCUCGGAACUCCAGCCCGAGAAAGCACUCCCCAGCAUGAGGGCUGCCCUGCUCCCCGUGGCCAGGGCAGCAAGCCUUGGCCUUAGCUUCUGGCUUCUGCUCUCCUGGGUAGACCGAGGUGCGGUCGCCAAGGAGCUCAAGUUCCUGACUUUGGUAUUUAGGCAUGGAGACCGAAGUCCCAUUGAAACCUUCCCUAAUGACCCCAUUAAGGAAUCCUCAUGGCCCCAAGGAUUUGGCCAACUCACUCAGCUGGGCAUGGAGCAGCAUUAUGAACUUGGACAGUAUAUAAGGAAAAGAUAUAGAAAAUUUUUGAAUGAGUCCUACAAACCUGAACAGGUUUAUAUUCAAAGUACGGACAUUGAUCGGACUUUGAUGAGUGCUAUGACAAACCUUGCAGGCCUAUUUCCUCCAGAGGGUGUCAGCAUCUGGAAUCCCAGCCUACCCUGGCAGCCCAUCCCGGUGCACACGCUCUCUCUUUCUGAAGAUCGAUUGCUAUACCUGCCUUUCCGGGACUGCCCUCGUUUUAAAGAACUAAAGGAGGAGACUCUCAAAUCGACAGAAUUCCAGGAGAGGUUGCAUCCUUAUAAGGAUUUUAUAGAAACUCUGCCAACAUUUACAGGAUACCAUACCCAGGACCUUUUUGGAAUGUGGACUAAAGUCUACGACCCUUUAUUUUGUGAGAGUAUUCACAAUUUCACUCUACCCUCGUGGGCCACAGAGGACACCAUGAUUAAGUUGAAAGAAUUAUCAGAAUUAUCUAUCCUGUCCAUCUAUGGAAUUCACAAGCAGAAAGAGAAAUCUAGACUGCAGGGGGGUGUCCUGGUCCGUGAGAUCCUCAAACACAUGAAGAGUGCAACUCAGCCAUCGAACCACAGAAAACUCAUCAUGUAUUCCGCACAUGACACUACCGUGAGUGGCCUACAGAUGGCACUAGAUGUUUACAAUGGAAUCCUUCCUCCCUAUGCUUCAUGCCACAUAAUGGAAUUGUAUCUUGAGAAGGGGGAGUACUUUGUAGAGAUGUACUACCGGAAUGAGACACAGCACGAGCCAUAUCCCCUCACACUGCCAGGCUGCACUCCCAGCUGUCCUCUGACAGAGUUUGCUAAGCUGGUUGCUCCUGUGAUCCCCCAAGACUGGUCCACGGAGUGUAUGACCACAAGCAAUGACCAAGCCCCGGAAAAUCCACGUUACUUUUGAAGAAACCAAAAGCAAACUUGCCAGAAAACUUUGUUGUAUAUAAUAUAUAUGGCAGCUCUUGGAGCACAGACAUCCUAGCAAAUAAGUAAUAUUAUUUAGGCACACAACACACCAGAGAUGAGAACCCUGCAUGGGUGGUUUCCCUUGAAGAUGGUAAGAGAUGCUGACUCUGGAGUUGAUUUACGAGAGAAAGUACGAUGACAAAUAUCAAACUGGAAUAAAAUUAUAAAUGUAAGAAUGUUCUAAGUGCCUCCAAGAUCAAAACUUACUGGAAUGUUGAAAGUAUGGCUGGGUGAUAGCUGUCCUGAGCACAAGAGGGAUGUGUAAGGCUUUGAUCCUGGGAUUUUCAGAAAACCUAAGCAAGCUCACAGGUCCUUCGGAAAUGACUCACUGUGCAAGAAGAACUCAUGUGCCAAUGACACUCUUUAGACACAUGUAGAUUUCCUGGGUUGCAGAUGCAACACAUCUAGAGAACACCAUGCCACGUGACCAUGACAGAUAAAGAUGAAACCGUUUCUAGAGAUGGUAUCUGCUGGAUGCCAGAGUCCAGAGCAAAGCCAUUCCCUCGCCUAGUGGGUUAUGUGACGACUGACAUGAGACAUUGGUUCAUAUAUUUAUUUGUAUUAUUUUUUCCCAAGUAAAUAUUUGUCCCCAGCAGUACCAUCUAGUUACCCUUCCCUCCCCGUGCAUGUAACUUCCCUCCAGCAGUAAGCCAAAUGUAAAAUAGUGAAUAAACUUGCUAGUAGGGAGUUCAGAACAUUACUGUUAUGAUGAAUUGUGAAAAGUGUGUAUGUGUUAAAUUAGAAUGAAAUCCAAGAAGGACUGAUUUGAGGGGCUCUAUUUUUGUUUGGGGAUUUUAUCUUAAUGUAACUGGGAGGAAAAUAUUAAUGGAAAGUAAAAAUGAUUUUGACUCA